CAGAAAGAAUGUUCUUCCAAGCUUGCCGCGGAAGUCAAGAUUCUUUAGCAUCCAGUAAUCAAAGUGUCUGUAUGGAUAUAACCGAGGAUAUACCCCAAAACUCAGAUAUCCAAGAAAUGAAUGUUAUCAACUUCGAUGUACCAGAUGUCAACUGCCGUCAAAAUGUCUGUCCAUCUGUUUACAUCAAUACGAACUAUAAGCUCAGUACAGCUUGCUCAGAGAAUCAAAGCAUCCUCAAAGGUGGUGUCAGUCUGGUGCCAUAUGAAAUAUAAAGCGAUGUGAUAGUGAUUCUCCACAUGCUGAACCAGUAAAUGAAGAUGUGUUGAAAGAUAGAAAUGAAAUUGAUUAUAGUAAUUCUGAACCGGGAGAACUAGCCGAAGAUCGUUUAC